AUGUGGUAUGGCACAAUACUACUUCAUUUACGAAAAAGACCAGCGAGAUUGUUUCGAAGAAACGUCUCGAUGAGGAGGUUGUCGUGGGUUGCACAGCAUACACUCUGUUCAUACGAUCCCUUCCUAAGAGGAAUGUGCUCCAGUAUUCGAUCGUUCAGCUGCAGCACCCUUUCGGUGCCUAACUGUCGUGCCACCCGAAGGAAGCACGAGUGUUGGGACACUGCCAGAUUGUCCAAACCUAGACAGGAAGUUGAGAAGCCGGGGUCGAGUUUGAACUACAAAUCUUCCGUGUAUUGCGUCUAUACACGUAUCGGGAUAUCUGGAACAGCGUACCAACUGAAACAUGAAGCAGCCUGGUGCGGCACUCCCAGUAGCUUAAAACAUCAUAAACGGGAGAUCAAGCUGGGUUCC